CUUUGUCAUAAAUACAUAAUACAUUGUCAUAAUCAAUCCAAUAAAUGAGUGAUAAACAACAAUUUUGCAGUGAACCACAAUAUUUCCUAAAACACUUGACCUACAUUCUCUUUCUGAAAAUCAUUCUCGCUUAGACAUCAAAGUGAUAGCAAGGUUUUCAAAGCUUCUUCUGCACCGGAAAUUAGUGAAUUACUAUUUAUACAAGAGUGAUUUAAAAACAAUCAAAUUAAACUGUCGUGAAAUACAUACACAAGCAAUUCUUUAACAAUGUUGCAAUUAAAAUACAAUGAUUAAGUUUAAUAAAAGAAUUAACAGCUUUCAGUUUAUUUCGUUACACCUUAGUAGUUGGGUGAGUUAGACGUUGAUCAUCUUUCUGUCUUCAAACGUUGAACAUACGUUUUAUCCUCCACUUGAUAUAAUUCGAAAGAAACUUCUAUUGUCGAUCGUUAAUUGACUAAAACAUACUACAUUGUUGUACAGCAGUUGAAAACAGUAAAGACGUUUCUAAACUUAUUAAGUUCACUCAUCUUAUCAUCAAUUAUUGUUCAAUAUUUUCAAGUUUCUAUUCAUGCUUAGAAAAUUACUAUCAUAACCGCGUGCGUUUAUUUAAACGCAUGACAUUCAUUAGUGUCGUGACCGUGAAUUUUAAAUUCAUCAUCACUCUGAUCACUGAAAGAUGGCAACUCUCAUCAAAUCUCUUUACAAAUUUUAUCAUUAUUUAAAUUAUGAAGCAGCAGAUCCAAGAUGCAAAGACUGGUUCCUAAUGGCCACCCCAUGGCCAGGACUGGCAAUCGUUGGAUUUUAUUUAUAUUUUAUCUACACGCUAGGUCCAAGACUUAUGGCCAACAGACAGCCAUUUAAUUUAGAUAGGAUAUUGCAAAUUUAUAAUGUCAUACAAAUUAUUUUAAGUGGUUAUCUCGUAUAUCAAGCUCUGCAUCUUGCGUGGCUUGGAAACUACAGCUUUAUAUGCGAACCUGUUGAUUAUUCCAACAAUCCUCGUGCUAUUCAGAUUGCUCGCACAGUAUGGGUAUAUUUUAUAGUUAAAUUAAUCGACUUACUAGAUACAGUCUUUUUUGUGCUCAGAAAAAAGCAGAAUCAAGUAUCGUUUCUCCAUGUCUAUCACCAUACAGGAAUGGUUUUAGGAGCGUGGGGAGGUGUGAAAUAUCUUGCUGGUGGUCAUGUCACAUUUUUGGGUCUAAUUAAUUCAUUUGUCCACGUAAUAAUGUAUUCUCAUUACCUUGUAACAUCCUUCAAAAUAAGCCGACCUUGGUGGAAAAAGUAUAUUACACAACUGCAGCUUUUACAAUUUUUCUUACUUCUGAUCCACUUUUCACAAUUGCUCUGGACAAAAAAUUGUGGUUUUCCUACAUGGCCAGCAGCAAUAUUUAUUCCACAAAAUUUGUUUAUGACAAUUCUAUUUGCUGAUUUUUAUUAUAAAACCUAUCUACAGAAGCCUAAAAAAACUGAACAGAAUGGUGUCUCUAAAAAUAAUGUUGAAGAAAGUUCUAAAGAUCAAUAACUAAGCUUGUUAAAAUUUAUUGAAUAAUUUUAUUUAAUGGAAAAAAAUAAUUAGAAAAUAUUUCUAGCUUAUCUCUACUGUUUUCUUUUAACUUAAACGCUUUAAUGUAUGUUCCUUUAAUGUUAAUUAAAAUCUAGUAAUAUUUAAAAUAAACCAUCAGUAUCUUGAAAGUUUUUUCAGCAAUUUAAAUCUGAAAAUAAAGCUUAUUAAAUAUCGUUUA